AUGGCAUCACAAGCCGCGGCAAAAGUGGCUCAAGCUGCUAAUCGUGUUGUUCCUGUUAAUAAGAAAUACACCGUCCAAAGCACCGGCAUCUGGGAAACCAUCCGUCGCGUCUUCGCCGUCGAUCCCACUCGCUCCAACGGUGUCCCUCUCAACCCACAAUUCCGCAAUCCCCCUCCCGGAUCCAACGAACCUUUUUCUUUCAUCGACCCGGUUACGCUCCCCGCGGGUGAUAUUGCUGAAAAUCCUUACUGGAAGAGAGAUUCGAGGAGGAGUUAUCCACAGUUGAGUUUUGUGAAGCAGGGGGAUGUGGUGGGUUUGUUGAGUGUGGGGAGUGAGGCGAGUCCGAGGAAGGAGUUGAUUGGGGAGGAGGGCGGGAAGGAGUUGGUUAGAGUUGGAGAGGUGGGGGAGAGGGGUUUGGCGGCUUUCUUUGAGGGGGGUGAUCGUGAGGGGAAGGCUGCGUUGGAGGUUUUUGGGAAGGGGGGGUUGCCGCCUACGCCUAGUGGGUUUAGUUUGAGGGAGGGCGCGGAUAAAUAUAGUCUGACGGAGGAAAAUGCUUAUCCUGAAGAAUAUCCAUGCCGGACUUUCAAGUAG